CAGACGAAUCCACGAAAUCGAGAAAAGCUGCGAGAGGUGAUGCUCGGCCGAACACAUUCUCAUACUUCACCCGAGCCACACGCCGAGGAGCCGCUCUCUGCUUUCUAACCUGUACAUAGCGCUGUCGACGGAAGAGCCAGCGAUGUCUGCCCAGGCUCAGAUGCGGGCCCUGCUCGACCAGCUGAUGGGAACAGCGAGGGAUGGCGAUGAGACGAGGCAGAGGGUCAAGUUCAGUGACGAGCGAGUCUGCAAAAGUCAUCUUCUCAACUGCUGUCCACAUGACAUCCUGUCUGGAACUCGCAUGGACCUGGGAGAGUGCACGAAGAUCCACGACCUCGCACUUCGGGCAGAUUAUGAAAUCGCCUCCAAGGACAGAGAUCUGUUCUUUGAGCUAGAUGCGGUGGACCACCUGGAAUCUUUCAUUGCCGACUGUGACCGGAGGACAGAACUCGCCAAGAAGCGCCUCGCGGAGACCCAAGAAGAAAUCAGUGCUGAGGUGGCAGCAAAGGCAGAGAAGGUUCAUGAGCUGAAUGAGGAAAUAGGAAAGCUCCUGGCCAAGGCGGAGCAGCUUGGAGCCGAGGGAAACGUGGACGAGGCCCAGAAGGUUCUGCAGGAGGUGGAGAAGGUCCGCACCAGGAAGAAGGAUGCAGAGGAAGAGUACAGAAACUCGAUGCCAGCCUCCAGCUUCCAGCAGCAGAAGCUUCGGGUGUGCGAGGUGUGCUCUGCCUACCUGGGUCUCCAUGACAACGACCGUCGCUUGGCAGACCAUUUCGGUGGGAAGCUUCACCUUGGCUUCAUCCAGAUCAGAGAAAAGCUGGACCUACUAAAGAAAACUGUGGUUGACAAGCAGGAGCAGAGGAACCAAGAACGCCUAAAGAGACGAGAAGAGAGGGAGAAAGAGGAGCAGCUGAAGAAGAAGACCAGAUCACGAAGCCGAGAGCAAAAAAGGUCCCGUUCUCGUGACCGCAAGAAGCGGCGCUCGAGCUCCCCAUCACGAGACAAGCGCCGCUCCCGCUCCAGGGAGAGGAAGAGGCGGCAUCGCAGCCGCUCCCGCAGCCGCAGCCGAGGCCACCGUCACAGCCACGAGCAGAGCUCCAGACACAAGUCUUCCAGGGACCGAGAGCGCGUGUCCAGAGACGGGUCCCGGGAGCGAGACAGGAGGGACGGGAUGAACGGCCGGUCGGACUCCCGCCGAGCAGACAGCAGGGACAUGGGGGACCUCUGAAGACCCGACUCCAUCCUGUCCCGUCUGGUUAAUGUAACCUAAUGUUACACACAGUCUUUGCCUUGACCCCUUUGUUCUCCUGCCUGCCUCCUUUCUUUGCUUUAAGAGUUAAUGCAGCCGAGUGUCACUUGUCUAGCAUCCAGAUAUAUCAGAUUGCAUUUGGAUGGCGGGAUUAGCUAUCGAUCUGUAGUGGAGUGUACAUCUGUAAUUUGGUGGCUGUCUGUUCAACACGUCCCAUGUCUUGUUCUACACUCCCCAACACCGAUUCCAACGGAUGCAGAAAACAAGAGCGAACGAACUGCGUCAUUCAUAUAUUCGUCAUUCAUUAUUAGUGGCGGAUGGUCUUUUGAUACAGAACCAGUCUGUAAAUAUAUUUUGGGCCUACUGAUUGUCUUGGUCUGAUCAGCCUCGUCCCAUCCUGAUUUUUUUGGUUUUAAUCUCCCUCUGCUUCGAGUGCAGUUCUUGAAUGUUUGUUCACAUAUUUGUCUCCAGUAUUUAGUCUAAAUUCAUAAUGAAGGGUUUAUAAAUCGUCGUAUUAGCUACAAAUAUAACUCAAUACCCAAAUCAUGUCUUCUUUUAUGCUGCCAGUUGUGAAUGGAAUCUGUUCAGUUGUUUUGCCAGUUGAAGUAACUGCUUGUUUUUAGUUUGUAUCGGUGGCAGUCUCUCUCGUUUCAAAAUUUUUGUUCUAGCUUAAUUUCCUUUUAUUUAAAAUAUCGAGGAUAAUGGAAACUUCCACAUUAGCGUCGGCAUGUGGAGCUGUAGGCUCAUAAAUGACAUCUUAAAUUCAGUGCUAAAACUGUGAACGCGUUGUGGCUCGAGUCAAACUGAAACGUCGGCGUGGUUCAAAACAAAUUCCUCUUGUGUGUAGAUUUAUAUUUCAGUGCAGACAGAUUAGAAUGGAUGCAUUGCUUUACCUAAUGUGUGAAGUCAUAUCUGUUUAUGUUCUGCUGGAAAUCUUUCUUUAAGUCUCAAUUAAAAACUCUUACCAUUUUA